GCUCCCAGUCGCCUCUGGUCGUACAACCAUCCACCAGCCAACCAUGCAGAUUCUGAUGGUGCUGAGCUGCCUGCUGGCCGCCGCCGUGGCUAAGCCGGGCUUCCUGGGCGGCGCCGCCCCCGGCCUCCUGGGGGCGGGCUACGCGGGACCCGCCGCCUACGCCGGCUACGCGGGCUACGCUGGCCCUGGACCCUUCGCGCCCGCCAACAUCGUCAUCGGGCCGGGAGGCGUGCCCCUCGACACGCCGGAGGUGGCCACCGCUCGCAAGGCUCACCUGGCAGCCGUCGCCGCGACGCGCGCCCGCGACGCCGCCAUCAACGGCGCCGCCCCCGCCUACGCGGGCUACGCCGGCGCCGCCCCCGCCUACGCCGGCUACGCGGGCGCCGGCGCCGCGGCCGCCGCCGCCGCAGCCGCUGCUGCUGCUGCUUCUGCUGGCUACGCCGGUGCUGGCGCCUACGGUCCCGCCGGCCUGGGCUACGCAGGAGCCGGCCUGGCCGCCCCCAGCAUCCUGGCGCUGAAGGCCGGACACCACCUGGGCUGACCCCGAGCACUGAUCACCCUCCGAGACUGACCGACGGACGCGUAUAUCUAUGUGUGAAACACACCUCUUACGUAUUUGUACAAAGUUAUUUAUAAAUAAAUGUAGUCUUGCAAACGAA